GGACUACAAUUCCCAGCAUCCCUCGCUGUGACAUAACUUCAUCCACAAUGGCUGCCUCCAGAGUGUUAUCAAACGCAGCGAGACUCCGCUCCUGCAUCGGGAGCCGUCAUCGCUUCAUAAGGAACCUUCACAUCCGCGGGAUAUCUUCCUGCGUCGACCCCUCUCAUGGCCUCACUGAUGAGCAGAAGGAGUUCCAGAAGGUGGCCUUCGACUUCGCCGCCAACGAGAUGGCUCCACACAUGGCCGAGUGGGACCAGAAGGAAAUCUUCCCGGUGGACACGAUGCGGCGGGCGGCCCAGCUGGGCUUCGGGGGGAUCUACGUCCAGCCCGACGUGGGCGGGUCGGGCCUGUCCCGCCUGGACACCUCGGUCAUCUUCGAGGCGCUGUCCACGGGCUGCGUCAGCACCACCGCUUACAUCAGCAUCCACAACAUGUGUGCCUGGAUGAUCGACACGUUUGGCAACGCAGAGCAGAGGGAGAGGUUCUGUCCGGAUCUGUGUUUGAUGGAGAAGUUUGCCUCCUACUGCCUCACUGAACCCGGCAGUGGCAGUGAUGCGGCGUCUCUUGCGACCUCUGCCGUGCUGAAAGGUGACCACUACGUCCUAAACGGCUCCAAGGCCUUCAUCAGCGGGGGCGGGGACACCGAUGUCUACGUAGUGAUGUGUCGGACAGGAGGCAAAGGACCCAAAGGUAUCUCCUGUGUGGUGGUGGAGAAGGGGACUCCAGGGCUGAGCUUUGGCAAGAAGGAGAGGAAGAUGGGGUGGAAUUCUCAGCCAACCCGAGCCGUGAUAUUUGAGGAUUGUGCCGUUCCAGUGGCCAAUCUGCUCGGCUUGGAAGGACAAGGUUUCAAUAUCGCCAUGAGAGGUCUCAAUGGAGGCAGGAUCAAUAUCGCCUCCUGCUCGCUGGGCGCCGCCCACGCCUCGGUGCAGCUGGCCAGAGACCACCUCCUGGUCCGCAAGCAGUUUGGGGAGACCCUCUCCAACAACCAGUUCCUCCAGUUCAAGCUGGCGGAGAUGGCCACCCAGCUGGUGGCAUCCCGCCUGCUGGUGCGUGAGGCGGCGGUGGCGCUGCAGGACGGCCGCGCCGACGCCGCCGCCCUCUGCGCCAUGGCCAAGCUCUUCGCCACCGACCAGUGCUUUGACAUCUGUAACCAAGCGCUCCAGAUGCACGGCGGCUACGGUUACCUGAAGGACUACGCCGUGCAGCAGUUUGUCCGCGACAUCCGAGUGCAUCAGAUCCUGGAGGGGACGAACGAGGUGAUGAGGAUGAUUGUUUCGAGGAAUCUGCUGAGCGAAAUAUGAUUUUUAAUCAUAAUGGUUUACAAGAUGGUCUGUGUUUUGACAGAACCAUAUGCACAACUCUGAUACCUAUCCAGAAAAUCGUAAAAUAUCCACGAAAAUCUGACUGUGGGAUACAUUUCCCCACAUAAUUCUCUCCUGAAGUGUACUUUGAAAAACGUUAUCAUUGUUUGGGUUUCUAUGAGAUAACCUGUUACAUGUCAUUUUACUGUAGGUGUAGGCAGACUUUUAGGUAGUAUUCGAGAUUAUGUAUAGUUUAUUUUUGAAACGUUGCCUCACUCCAAAAUAAAUAUGUGAAUACUA